CAUUGUUGUACAACAGCCUGUUUUUCUGCACUGAAUCUUAAACACACCCUUUUCUUCAGUAUUUAAUAAGACAACCGAUAAACAUCAAACAAGUACUGAGCUUCUGUACAAGCACAGUGUAACUGACAGUCAGAGGCGUCUGACAUCUUGUAUUUUUAAGCAGAAGGAGGUUAAAGAGACACUGGUCUAACUCAUGGAUUAUGGGGUGAUCAUCAUUGUGCUCACAGGAGCACUGGUCAAUGUUGCCUCUGCCCAAACUCGUCAGUACUACUUUGAGAGUACACCACUGAACUGGACUGAAGCUCAGAGCUUCUGCAGACAGGUCUACACUGACCUGGCCACCAUAGAAAACACAACUGAUGUCAGUGCUGUACUCAGGACCACACCAAGCUACACAGGCAAGGCUUGGAUAGGUCUAUAUGGUGACAACUGGAGAUGGUCCCUGAGUGACAGCAGCUUCUAUGGUGAAGGAGAGACAGAGUUUAGAAACUGGGCUCCUGGAUAUCCCUACAAUCCUUAUGGACAACAGAACUGUGUGCUGCUUCGCAGUCAGUACUAUUACACUGGGAUGUGGCAAUCCUACUUUUGCACCUACCAAUUACGCUUUGUGUGCUACAAUGGUUCAGUAAAUGACACAUCCUCUUUUGUAAAGGUCAACAGAACUUUGAAUUGGACCGAAGCUCAGAGAUACUGCAGGGAGAAUUACGUCGAUCUAGCCAGGUACAGUGUGCACUGAUGAAGACUCCAACACAUACAAUAGUUCAGUACUGAACCAACUACUUAACAACUACUAUCUGUUCUGUGAUGAAAUCCAGCUUAUUCAGUAUUCUCACACUUGAUUAAAUUCCACAUGGAUUGAAAAAUCUGUCAAAUAGUUUUAUUUGAUUCUUUUUGUUGUUUGAAUCCUUCCCCUUCUGUGUUUGUUCAUUUGUUGUUAUUAUUUUUUAAUUGCUUUGCUUCUAAGUAAAACAUUUUCAAGUGUAAGGCCCUUGGGGCUAAGCCACGUAGUAUGAUGAUCAUUGUGAUGAUUACAAGCAGGAUUGACAGAAAAAUAGCACCAAUAGG